UCGACAAGGCGGUGCAUGUUACAAAACCAAAUCAAGGCCAGACGGCCAAAACGUCAGGACGGCAGAUCUUGGGAAAGUUUAACACUGUUCGGAGGCCCAAUCGUGGGAAGGGUCGCGCUUCUAGUCAAAUUGGGUGCGCGCGGUCGGAUUUGCCGUCCUCUCCGAGCCACGUUCUUUCACCAACUCAGCAGCGUUGUCCAAGGGAAGAUGGGAAAGAAAAAAGAAGAAAGACAGCCCCUUCUGGUGUCAUCAAAUGAACCUUUGAACGAUACUUAUGACAGGUCAGCUAUUCCUCGUCCUGAUCUGAGGAAUUCCCCUGACAAUGUUGUUGUCCAUUUGGCUGGGGGGCCCAUGGAAGGGGCAAGUACACCAGACGGAGGCGUCCCUCCUCCACCUAAGCCACCAAAGCCAGACUUUGAUCCAGUACUUAACAGAAAUUUGGAACAUCCCACAUCGAACUUGGACACUAUGAUACAUUUGUUGAAAGGAAACAUUGGCUCUGGCAUUUUGGCGAUGCCUGAUGCCUUCAGUAAUGCAGGCCUUGUGGUCGGAACUGUGGGCACCCUAAUAAUGGGAGUGAUUUGCACUCAUUGUAUGCACAUGCUGGUGAAAUGUGCUCAUGAGCUCUGUCGCCGAUCCCAAAUGCCAGCUCUUGGAUUUUCUGAGGUAGUGGAGACAGCGUUUGCUACAGGGCCAUCAGUACUGCGACCUUUCUCGCAUGCUGCCAAGAUUAUGGUCAAUGUUUUCCUCUGCAUUACUCAGUUGGGCUUCUGCUGUGUAUACUUCGUAUUUGUUGCAGCCAACCUCAGAGAUGUUGUUGCACAUUUCUGGAUUGAUCUGGACGUCCAGGUUUACCUGGGCUUGCUGUUGAUACCUAUGAUUGUCCUCAACUGGGUGAAGAAUCUCAAGUACUUGGCUCCAGUCUCCUUGUUUGCCUCCAUCCUGACCAUUACGGGCUUGGGCAUCACCUUUUUCUACAUGCUUCAAGGACUGCCAAGGACCUCAUCAGUACAUGCAUUUGCGCCCUGGCACAAGUUGCCUCUGUUUUUCGGCACUGCUAUUUAUGCUUUUGAGGGAAUUGGUGUGGUUCUUCCUUUGGAAAAUAAUAUGGAGACUCCUCAAGAUUUUAGUGGACUAACUGGAGUACUUAACACUGGUAUGGUGAUUGUCGCAGCCCUGUACACGUCAGUUGGCUUCUUUGGAUACCUGAAGUAUGGUGACCAUGUGAAGGGUAGUAUUACGCUAAAUCUACCUCCCAAUGAUUUGUUGGCUCAGUCGGUACGUCUUAUGAUGGGAUUGGCUAUCUUUCUGUCGUAUGGUCUCCAGUUCUAUGUUCCUAUGAACAUUAUCUGGCCUCUGAUCAAAGAUAAAUUGCAUACUGAAAAGGCUCAAAUGUAUGGAGAAUAUAUUGUGCGCACCAUCAUUGUUAUUUUCACUUUUGUAUUGGCUGCUCUAAUUCCAGACCUUGGUGCAGUGAUUUCACUGGUUGGCGCUGUUAGUAGUUCAGCCCUUGCUCUAAUUUUCCCUCCACUGAUUGAAAUAAUAACUUUCUGGAAAGUUGGAUUGGGUCGCUAUAACUGGAUUUUGUGGAAGGAUAUUGCCAUUGUCAUAUUUGGUCUCCUUGGCUUUGGCUUUGGAUCUUACUCUAGCAUUGAGAAUAUUCUCAAUGCUGAUAAGAGUUAAAGGAAACAUAAGCAUAGCUUUAAUCAUCAUUAUUACCAAAACUGAUGACAAUAAUUUUUUGGUACAUUUUUUUGAGGAUAUAUGCAACAAUGACAAUAAUGAAUUGGGCUUUAUAUUUCAAUGUGAUUUUUACCUGUGCCUAUGUUUUAAGUUUUGUUUUUAGUAAGAAUUUGCAAGAUUUUAACAGAACAGUAUUCUAUUAUGUGUGUAAUGUAUACUUGUAUCUAAGAUUGAAGUCAUACACUACUAUUAAAAGUGUGACAUUUACCAUUUAUUAUUGUAUAGUUCGAUCAAUUUAUGUAUUUAUCUAAAUGGUUUUGUUAUGUGGGAUAUUUAUGUGCGUAAGCCCUUUUUAAUUAAGUUUUUAAAAUUUUCAUGGUUUUAUUCUCUAUGAGGAAUGAUCUAUUUUCUGUGUUUCUCUCUUCUUUCACCCCCCUGUGAUAUCUGUAGGAUUAUUUUGUAGAUUGACCUUUUUUUUAAGUUGAAUGUUUGCCAAUUUUAGUUAAUUUAUGAGAUGCAGUCUUAAGUAAAUCUGUUUUGUACAAGGAUUUUUUCCUCCCUAGUUCAUUUUUAUCUCAAGUUUACUUAAGGGAUAUUCCUCAAACUGCUGUACAUUCCAAUCACUACUGGGUGGUCCGAGCUUUAUUGCUGACAUUUAGCUUUGUCCUAAACUGAAAUUUUUCAUUAUUUGUCAAUUAUGGGAAGGGAGGAAAACAAUUAUAGUAGUGAUUUACUGCUUUCUGCAUUCUCAAGCUCUAACAUUUGAUCUAAAUUGCUGUUCUAAAUAUUUUCAUAUGAAAUAAGGUUUUGCCACUCCAGGGAUGUGCAUUGAGCACACUGGCAUUAAUCAUAUCAGUUUCUUUUAUCAGCUUAACUUACAUCAAUCCAUUCAAUUUCCUUCACAGAAGUAUCUUGGAGAUAUUGUUUUUAAGUGCUACUCACACUUCUACUGUAACAAGCCAAAUAUUAAAAGCAAGAUGUACCUGUCACUUACGAAAUGCUACUUUGCGUGGGUAACAUUUUCUGUUGUCGGUGUCAUUUCUCUUAAUCACUCUUUUUAUAUUAAAAAGUGUGAUCUUGAUGUUUUUGUGAAGUCCUUUAUUUAUUCUUAAUUUUAUUGUGAAGUCAAUGAUAUGGUUAUAACUUCCUUGAAUUGAGAAUUAUAGCAACUGGCAUAUUUUUUUGCCCACUGUAAUUUUUGUGGCAUAUCUCAUUUGUGAACUUUAUUUAUUUUUUGACUUGAAAUUGUGUACAACUGUGUUGUUGAUAAGGCUCAUAGAAGGAAGAGGGCUACAGUCUUUACAAAUUUACCAUAAAUUUGAUUGGCUAAAGCAUUUCAUUUAACUAGGGUUUGAAGUACUAUGUAGUUUCACUCCAUCAAAAAUAAAUAUUUUAGAUGUGAGACUAAGUGUAUUCCAGCUUCUAGAUCUCUAACCUCUAGUGCAUGAUGAACUUUUAAGUGUGAUGCUUCUUCUCUAGUUUGUAGUGUCUCCUGUGCCAUGUUAUUUGUAUCAGUUCCUGUUCUUUCCCACUUGGUGUGAUAUGAACUUCCUUUAAGAUUCUAAGAUGACUGCAGGCAGUCUUAGUUAAAUCAAGUGUCAUGUUUGGACUUGGUUGCUGUAUACUUCAUGCAUUUAUAGAUUGUCUGUUUUAUUGUUGUUCCUGCAGAACACGAAUUGUGUCUAUGUGCUGUAUGAAUUUGAACUUUGCAAGUGGCUGGACACAGCUCACUCAUUAAGCCAAACUGUUUUAUGACAAUAAUAUUGCCUUCCUGGUUUGAAUAGUUGUUUCGUUUGAAUAAAUAUAUCAAUCUGUGUAGAAGUA